GGCAGGGCAGUAGAGUAAUUUAAGUUGUAGACUUGUAGUCCAGUCAGUUGAGGAGUCCGGCGGCCAAACGCAACAAAACUUGACGACGACAUUCUUGUCGAUCGGCCGGGCCUAUUCUGCCAAUGCGCUGCUAGUUUAUUUUUAUCUUUUGUUGCAUCGAUUGAAGCAGGGAGACUCGGGGUUCUAUUGCCUGCUUCUUUUGCCCCAUUGGAUAUGAUAGACAUGACAUGGCUCAGUGCCUUCUUACUUGGAGCUGGCUGUCUUGCUUUCGGCUACCUCAUUGGCAUCCGACAUUCUGCUCGUCUAUUUCGUUCCACUGCAGCCUUAACUGACACUGGUACACCUAUCACUUACCGGAAAAACAACAACCAGCUCAAACCAGCCAUCGAGAUUGAAAAGCUAGCUGACAUACUUGAAGAUUUUAAAAUGGUCCAUCUCUGGUCUUCUCUGAAGAUUUGCGUGUCCUUACUUGCAUUCCAGCAGGCCCCAGUUCUGGUUGUCCGGAAUGACUUAAAGAUGGGGAAGGGGAAAAUUGCAGCUCAAUGCAGUCAUGCAACCUUGGGUCUCUACAAAAAGAUCCUUCAUCGGGCACCAAAAGCUUUGAACAGGUGGGAGAUGUGUGGGCAGGUUAAAGUGGUUGUGAAAAUUGAAAGUGAAGAUGAGAUGCUGGUUUUACAGGAAAGGGCAAAGGCACUCAGUUUACCAACGCACGUUACAGUUGAUGCGGGUAGAACACAGAUUGCACCAAAUUCGAGGACCGUGAUGUCUAUUUUGGGACCUGCUGACAUGGUGGACGAUGUUACUGGUGGAUUAAAACUUUUGUAGCGGAAUGGGAAGUGUUCACUUCUGGUAGACGAGACGUGCGACCUGUUUGAAGGACGAAUCUGAGCUGUAUCAAGCAGGUACAGACAGAAGGUCUAGCACUCCCGGCGGGGAGCGGGCGGUUUGAUGGCUGCUUUCUGACCUCGUCUCAAGAUGACGAUGACGAAAGAUUUCCCAUUCUGCGGGGAUAGAAUCUGUUCUUCUAGUCUGUGAGUUGCAGGUUUUCUUUUCUUGAUAAGAAAAUGUUGCAAAUAAGAUUGAUAUUGGCAUGGCUGUUCCUUGUCCAAUUGUGCCAAGAUUAAUGAUGAUUGAUAAAAUGUGAAAAAGUAAUCCGUCAAUGAAUUUACAGUUGAAAGGACACUUUGAAUGAAUGAGUCA